AUGAGUCUAGUGACACCAUUACUUUUCAGUACGAUACAACCUCAAUUGUAUAGAGGUUCACAACCAAGAGAAAUCAAUAUUCCAUUUUUAAAGAUGUUGAAUUUGAACUAUAUUGUAUCGUUAACUAGUGAACCCCUAGGUGAUGAUCCUACAAUGCUUCAAUUCUGCCAUAGUAAUGGUAUUUCUAUAUUACACAUCCCAUGUCAAGACGAUAAACAAAGUGACAAAAAGAAGAAGAAGCUGAAAGAAGAGGAGGAUAAUAAGAAGUCAGAGCAAGACAAAGGAGAAAAGGAAGUAGUAGUGGUGAAAGUUAAGAGGAAGAAAAGACAUGUACCCAUUGAUUAUGAUGUUGUAGAACGAUGUGUUAAGUUCCUUGUUGAUAAAAGACAUUAUCCUUGUUACAUUCAUUGUUCAAGUGGAGAAUUGAUUACAUCUUUGGUGGUGGCAUGUUUGAGGAAAUUUUCAUAUUGGAGUACUGUAUCCAUAUUAAAUGAAUUCCUCGUUUAUAAUUCAAGUAUAAAUAUUCAUGAAAGAAAUUUUAUUGAGAAUUUUAAUUCUGAAAUUGAGGUUGAGAAUUUGAAAUUGAUCGAUAAAGUUCCUUGGAUAUCCAUACAAUAUCUUAGUAACGUGGAUACAAAAUCAAGUAAAAAAGAAGUUGAUAACAUGUCUCAUAUGAAGACUGCUACUACUGUAUCCAUCCGUCCUAAUAAUUCUCACCAAGAUAGUAUACCGAAAGGUUUACCCAAGUUGAAAUUCCAUAGUUUAUAA